AUGUCGAUCUAUGUGAUGCAAAAUGCUUGUCAGAAAUUGAAUCUAAGAGAAGCACACUGCUAUUUUUUCGUGGAAGACAGAAGAGAAAUGCUUGUUUCUGAUCAUCACAUCAUUCGGGCCAAUGACAUUACUCCUUGGAAGGCCAUCAGGGGAGGAAAGAUACGUGCUAAACUUGUGUCAGAACUUAAUGGUGCUGAUGGUGUAGUUAUAGAGGAGGGGAGUGCUGGAGAGACAAGAAAAGCAGUAGAUGAGAGUGGCAUGCUCAAGUCUAUUUAUUGCCUAUGUCCAGUUGGUGACACUCCACUAUCUGCUAGAUUGUUUGAUGCUAGUGUUAGUGGGUGUAUUCAUGUUAUUGUUAGUGAUGAACUUGAGCUUCCCUUUGAAGGAAUACUUGAUUAUCGGAAGUUUUCAAGGCAUUUCCUAUAUUCCCAUCCAUCUCAACCUAUGGGUCCAGAACACUUGAUUUGGAGAAUGAGAAUCAUCGCAACCACUCGAGAUAAUGAGGCCUUGCUCUUUGAAGCCUUAAAUUUGAAUGAUGAAAUUCAGAAAGUCCUAUCCAAGUACAAAGAAAUGAAUAAAUCUUCAGGGACUCCCCAGGAGCCAGAACCUUCAAUGAUACCUAUUGUUAUUGAGCCUAAUGAAUCAUUUGGCUUCGGCAAAGAAGAGGCCAUGAUACAAAAACCGGUGGGCUCUCAUGGUGGAGCCCCAAGAGGGAGCAAUGAUGACAUGAUAGAUGAUCUUGAUGAGAUGAUCUUGGGUAAGAAAGUAGGUGGAACAUUUGAAGUGGGGCAUGAUACAAAAAAGCAACAAUCAUCACUAAAAGAUGAUCUGAUCAGCUUUUUAGUUUCAUAUACCGAUAAAAUUUUUGGGGUGGAGCAGAAAAGGCCUUUGAUGAUGUUGGCAUUAGUCCAUUUAGGUGUUGUUGGCAUGAAAUUCAAUGACUAA